UUUGAAGGAGUUGGCAGAGUCUCCUGCAGGGAUCGCAUCAGUCUCAGUGGAGGGAAACUCUGCUGAGCAAGGGAAGGAAAAGGCUUCACCAGUUUCUGCACACUUGUCUUGCAAAGUGAUUUAGAGAUGCAGAGCUGCGCCAAGUCCUGGGGGAUCUUCUUGGCCAAGUCGGUGAAUCCCAGUGCACCGUGCAGGCAUCUGAGUGACAAGAGCCGCGUGGUUUGGAAACUUCAGUGUAGGAUCCGAAACAGCGGGGCAUCCCUAACAACAGCAGCCCGGGCUCUGAGGACGUCUGCAGCCGUCUCUUCCAGACAGAUAGAGAGAAUAUUACCCAAACACGAUGAUUUUGCAGAGCGGCAUAUCGGUCCAGGUGAGAGGGAGAAGAGAGAAAUGCUGGAUGCUCUGGGAGUCGAGUCGAUCGACCAGUUGAUCGAAAACACAGUUCCAGCCUCCAUCCGUAUGCAGUGGAGUAUGAAAAUGGAUGAUCCAGUCUGUGAGAAUGAGAUUCUGGAGUCUUUACAGAAGAUUGCAUCAAAGAACAAAGUGUGGAGGUCCUACAUCGGCAUGGGCUACUACAACUGCUCAGUCCCGCCGCCCAUCCAACGCAAUCUCCUGGAGAAUGCAGGCUGGGUGACUCAGUACACUCCUUACCAGCCCGAGGUCUCUCAGGGUCGCCUGGAGUCGCUCCUCAACUACCAGACCAUGAUCUGUGACAUCACAGGAAUGCCUGUGGCCAACGCCUCCCUGCUCGAUGAGGGAACGGCUGCUGCUGAGGCCAUGCAACUGUGCCACAGACAGAACAAAAGACGAACUUUCUACAUUGACCCACGUUGCCAUCCUCAGACCAUUGCUGUGGUGCAGACCAGGGCAAACUACAUUGGGGUAAAAACGGUGCUGAAGCUGCCUCAUGAGAUGGACUUCAGUGGGAAGGAUGUGAGUGGCGUGCUCUUCCAGUAUCCAGACACUGAUGGCAGGGUGGAAGACUUCACUGCCCUUGUGGACCGUGCACACAAAGGAGGGGCCCUGGCUUGCUGUGCCUCGGAUCUGCUGGCUCUCUGCGUGCUGCGUCCUCCCGGGGAGUUUGGUGUUGAUGUCGCAUUGGGCAGCUCCCAAAGGUUUGGGGUCCCUCUCUGCUACGGCGGUCCACACGCUGCGUUCUUCGCUGUUAAAGACAGCCUGGUCCGGAUGAUGCCUGGCAGGAUGGUUGGUGUCACCAGGGACGCAGCUGGUAAGGAAGUGUAUAGGCUUGCUUUGCAGACCAGAGAGCAGCACAUCCGCAGAGACAAAGCAACCAGCAACAUCUGCACUGCUCAGGCUCUGCUGGCCAACAUGGCUGCUAUGUAUGCAUUGUAUCAUGGUCCGCAGGGACUCAAACACAUCGCUGAGAGGACACACAAUGCUGCUCUGAUCCUUGCUGAAGGUCUGAAGAGAGCAGGACACCGGCUGCACUGCGAGAUGUUCUUCGACACUUUGAAGAUCAACUGUAGCGUGGCGGCCAAGGACAUCUUGGAGAGAGCCGUGCAGAGGCAGAUAAAUCUGCGAGUCUACACUGAGGGAGUGCUGGGUGUCUCUAUAGAUGAGACGGUGACUGAGAGGGACUUGGACGACUUGCUCUGGGUCUUUGGCUGUGAAUCAUCAGCUGAGCUGAUCGCUGAGAAGAUGGGUGAGCGGGUGAAGGGUAUAAUGGGAAGUCCUUUCAAGAGGACAAGCAAGUACCUCUUACACCAGGUCUUUAACAGUUAUCACUCUGAGACCAACAUUGUGCGAUACAUGAAGCGCCUGGAGAACAAGGACAUCUCUUUGGUGCACAGCAUGAUACCACUGGGCUCCUGCACCAUGAAACUAAAUAGUUCUUCAGAACUCAUGCCCAUCACCUGGAGGGAGUUUGCCAACAUCCACCCCUUCGUGCCUCUGGAUCAGGCUGAGGGCUACCAGACACUUUUCAGACAGCUGGAGAGGGACCUCUGUGAGGUGACAGGCUAUGACAAGAUCUCCUUCCAGCCAAACAGUGGUGCUCAGGGAGAAUAUGCUGGCCUGGCUGCCAUAAAAGCGUACCUGAACUCAAAGGGAGAGAGCUCCAGAAGUGUCUGUCUGAUCCCCAAAUCAGCCCAUGGCACCAACCCAGCCAGUGCUCAGAUGGCUGGCAUGAAAGUUCAGGUGGUGGAGGUGGACAAGGAUGGCAACAUUGACAUGGCACACCUCAAGUCCCUGGUGGAUAAACACAAGGCGAGCUUGGCGGCCAUGAUGAUCACCUACCCCUCCACCUUUGGUGUGUUCGAGGAGCAGAUCAGAGAUGUAUGUGAUCUUAUUCAUGAGAAUGGGGGCCAGGUGUACCUGGAUGGUGCCAACAUGAACGCUCAGGUGGGCUUGUGUCGUCCUGGAGAUUACGGCUCUGAUGUGUCUCACCUGAACCUUCACAAAACCUUCUGCAUCCCUCAUGGUGGAGGAGGACCCGGCAUGGGGCCUAUUGGAGUGAAGGCCCACCUUGCCCCGUUCCUGCCGAGCCACCCGGUGGUUGCCAUGCAGUCGGUCAACACCAGCAGUUCCCUGGGCACUAUCAGCGCUGCCCCCUGGGGCUCCAGCGCCAUCCUGCCAAUCUCCUGGGCUUACAUUAAGAUGAUGGGAGCCAAGGGACUGCUUCAUGCUACAGAGGUGGCCAUCCUCAAUGCCAACUACAUGGCCAAGAGGCUGGAAGGUCACUACAAAGUCCUCUACAGAGGCAGGAAAGGAUUUGUAGCCCAUGAGUUCAUCCUGGAUGUGAGGCCAUUCAAGAAGACAGCCAAUAUCGAGGCUGUCGAUGUGGCCAAGAGGCUGCAGGAUUAUGGUUUCCAUGCGCCCACCAUGUCAUGGCCGGUGGCUGGUACACUCAUGAUUGAGCCCACAGAGUCAGAGGACAAAGCUGAGAUGGACCGGUACUGCGAUGCCCUGCUUGCUAUCCGACAGGAGAUUGCAGACAUUGAGGAGGGAAGGAUGGACUCCCGCAUCAACCCACUCAAGAUGGCACCUCACUCUCUGGCCUGCAUCUCAUCCUCCAACUGGGACAGACCAUACUCCAGGGAGUUUGCUGCUUUCCCCUUGCCCUUCAUAAGACCCGAGACCAAAUUCUGGCCGACCAUCUCCAGGAUUGACGACAUCUACGGCGACCAACACCUCGUGUGCACCUGCCCACCUAUGGAGGUCUACGAGUCUCCAUACGAGGAGAAACGAGCAUCCUCAUAGAUGGUCCCCCUCAUCUGGUCCAGUCCCAAUGUCCCACCUAAGCUCUAAGCACUCAAAAUGCUACUUUGUGAAAUCGCAUUAGCUGGGGCAGAAGUUUUUCUGCUGUGUGUGACACUCUCAUUCUAGAUGUAGUUAAAUAAAUUUGUGAGCGACAUUUUCUGUAUUUUCAUAAAAUAGCCUCUAUAUUAUUGUUUGAUCAAAUUAGGUAAAAACAAAAAUGCAGUAGUAAUGCUGUCAGGUUCACAUCAAACCAGGCAGUCUUGGCUGCUAUCGUUUUCUUCCACCUCUGUCAAAGGUAUUUUUUUUUGUUGUAAGACUUUCUCUGGCAAACCUUGUUUUUAACAUUAGUGUCCUGUAAACUGUUAAUCCCCUUAAAAGGAGCCUGCAGCAGUGCAAAAAGUCUGUAAGAGAGCCUUCAAGCACUUUCCGAUUUCACAAUUAACAGCCCUGAGCCUUUAGCCUACUUAUUACAAAUGGGUGUCAAAAGUCUAUGAGUUGGAUGUUGGGACUGGGCUUCUGUCUGAUUGCACCCUCUUCACCGGGGUCAUGGGGUUUACCCCUUCUCGAACUUUAAUGGACCAAAGGUGCAACUUCUAAGCGCUCUGUAACACACCUGUGAAAUUCUGUACUUUGAGCUGAGUACAGUUCAUUUUUUGACUCCCAGCAUCAUAUAAAAAAUGCCCUUGGUGCCUCUAUUCUGUUGUGUAAAAUAGCUGCCUUUACUUUCCCUAUUUUUUUUUUUCCAAACAUGACAAAAUAUAGGAGUUAGUUUCCUUGUAGGCUUUUGUUAAUAUGCAUCUAUAGUAUGAAAAUGUUUUAAAGUAUGUUGUGACAUUUGUUGGCUACAUAGCAAAUAGUCUUAAUGUUAAUUUUAAAUGAAUUAUUUUCUAAUCUAAAUGUUGUCUCUUGAAAAAAAAUGUCUGUAUUAAACAUUUGACUUUAA